AUAAAUCCAAUCAUUUUUAUUAUUAUUCUAAUAACCGUUAUACUUGGAACCACAAUCGUCAUAAUUAGCUCCCACUGACUACUCAUCUGAAUCGGAUUUGAAAUAAACAUACUCGCCAUUAUCCCUAUUAUAAUAAAAAAACAUAACCCACGAGCCACAGAAGCAUCAACCAAAUAUUUCCUAACUCAAUCAACAGCCUCAAUAUUACUAAUAAUAGCUAUUAUUAUUAAUUUAAUAUUCUCAGGCCAAUGAACUGUGACAAAACUAUUUCACCCAACAGCCUCCAUACUCAUAACAAUAGCCCUCGCUAUAAAACUAGGAAUAGCUCCAUUCCACUUCUGAGUCCCAGAAGUAACACAAGGUAUCCCCCUAUCCUCGGGCCUAAUCCUACUCACAUGACAAAAACUAGCACCCAUAUCUGUACUUUACCAAAUCCUCCCAUCCAUCAACCUAGACUUAAUCUUAACCCUAUCAAUUUUAUCCAUUAUAAUUGGAGGCUGAGGAGGACUAAACCAAACCCAACUACGAAAAAUCAUAGCCUACUCAUCAAUUGCCCACAUAGGUUGAAUAACAGCAAUUUUACCAUACAACCCCACCAUAAUACUAUUAAACCUAAUUAUUUAUAUUACCAUGACCUCCACUAUAUUUUUACUAUUCAUAGCUAACUCAACCACAACCACCCUAUCACUAUCACUCACAUGAAAUAAAAUACCUAUCAUAACAACCCUAGUCCUCAUCACCCUCCUAUCAAUAGGAGGACUCCCCCCACUAUCAGGAUUUGUACCAAAAUGAAUAAUUAUUCAAGAAAUAACAAAAAAUAACAGCAUUAUCUUACCCACCCUUAUAGCAAUCACAGCACUACUAAACCUAUAUUUCUACAUACGACUCACAUAUUCUACCACACUCACAAUAUUCCCCUCCACAAACAAUAUAAAAAUGAAAUGACAAUUCUCGACCACAAAACGAAUAACUCUCCUACCAACCUUAACCGUACUAUCUACAAUACUCCUACCACUCACACCAAUCCUCUCAAUUCUAGAAU